CGGCUUGCUUGUUCAUACCCCUGGGGCAGAGAGUGCUUGGCAUAAGCCCACAGGGCAGCGAUGGUGGAGAACCCGGACUGUUUGGUUGUCCUGGCUGGCCGGCUUCUGGCUCCUUGGCCAGCGCUUCCAGUUCCUGCACUUUGUGCUGCCUUGGGAGGUGCGGCUGCUGGAUGGGGCAGAUGGUGCCACAACUUCCUCAUCGGCCGCUAAGCCAGAGCAGGGAGACGAGUGCUUCAUGGUUGAGCCGGUCGGGCAGGACCCCAGCCAGGCCUGCCACUGGUCAGCCUUUCAGCAUUCCCUCUGUGUGUGUAAAGGUGACCUUUACCCCCGCUACUCCUGUGGGGGACUUUUCUACCCCCCCGUGCCCCCCCCGGGUGUUUGAGCUUGCAGAGGCCAUCCUGCAGGAGUGCAAGGCCUGCGGCAUCUUGGCCGCAGAGCCGGUUCCUUUCCUCGUGAAGAGCCCUUUCCGUGGCCCCUCGCCUGCUUGUGCUGUGAGUGUCCCAGGGCAGGUGCCACGGAGCAAUGCAGUCGGGGUGGCUCGUGUCGGCGGUGAGGGACGCCUCACCUGCCGGGCCACUCGGAGAGCUCCUGUGCCAGCCGCUGCUUGGCAGCCACUGGGGGGGAUGUGCUUAGCAAACAAGCAGCGGUCACGUCCUGCCUGUGAAGGCCAAGCCUGUGGGUUUGCCUGCUCAGCCCAUUCUGGAAAUGCCAGUCCGUGUGAGUGGCGAUGCCAAAGUACACAACCGAGACUCAGCCUUGCCUGGGAGGAGGCGCCUGGAUGGGCACCUUCGCAGACCUCUGGCCCUGCCUGGCCCUCCGCGGGGCACACCUACUGCUGCCCUUCCACGCGUGUCGCCGACGAAACGGCUCUCAGAGGGCAGACUGCCGCAGGAGGGUGGACGGAUGCUGCCCCACUGCUUGAGGCCCUCCCGGUGCUCCUCUCCUCUCCUUCCAGACCUGACCUUUGUCUCCGAGUACUUCUCCCAGAGCUCCCAGAAGCUCUCCUUCUACACGUGGUAUGGAAAUGCCAAAGUCUUCCGCUUCCGUGUGCCGGAGGACACGGUCCUGCUGCGCUGGCUUCUGCAGGCUUCCCGAGGAAGAGGCCCCGAGUGUGGCAGCACUCAAGUCACCUUCCACAUCCGCCACGGAGCUCCCCCCGUCAUCAAUCCUCUGGGCACACAGUUCCCUACGAAUACCAGCGUGCGGCUCUCCUACAACCAGAGCCUGGCGCUGGCCACUGCCACGCAGAACAGCACCUUCGUCAACCUGACCAGUCCUGCCCCAGGCGACUGGUUCAUCGCGGCGCACCUGCCCCAGGCCACAGGCAAGAUCGGUGUGAAGGGCUUCUCCGCGCCGUGCACCUACCUCUUCCAGCCUGACAUGUUUGUGCUGCGUGCAGCGGACAUGGCGGUCCUCCAGCCCGACGUGCCCAUGCGGCAGACACUGGCCUGGCCGACCAGGCUGCUCCACGCUAAGGUCUUCGUGCCGGCAUACAGCGCUCUCCUGCGCCUGGAGCUGGGAAACUGCGUGAUGAACGGCUCCACCGCCUGCUCUGUGCGUGUCACACUGGGCUCUGCCACGCUGUCUCGCUCCUCCCAGGAGGUGCUCACCUGCACAGGGGCCUGCAGCCUUCGCCUGGCCUCCCCCCCGUGGGAGAAGUGGCUGCAGAUCACCGUGGAGAGCCUGCACGGCCCCAACACCAGCACCUCUCUUGAGAUGGCCGCCUCCUUCACAGCCUGCAAGCCGACCGGUACUGGCUCCUUCCUGAGCUUCUACCGCAGUCUGAAUCGGAGCCAGGAGACAACCCUGCCGGGAGGCAAGCUCAAUGCCACCCUGAUUACUGGUGCCGGCGCCCACGACGCGCUUGGCCAAGGACAUGCGUGCCUGCGCAGCCAGCCAGUUAUCCGUGAGGACCUGGAUGUUGUGUCUGUGCAGUUCCGGGUUCUUGAUGGGUCCAACGUGCCUGUCCAGGCAGGUUCUCCCACGCUUCUCCUCCUGAACCUGAACUCAGGCAUGGACAGUGGCGGGACUCUGGUGCUGACUCUGCUCCUCAACAGGACCUUGCCAGAACUCAUGGACGCCACCGUCUGGGCCUGCCUGAGCCUGGCUUCCCCCGUGCUCUCUGCAAAUGCCACAAGGGACUGCAGCACAGCAUUCUUCCAGGGUUAUCUGCUGAACGUGACCACGUCCUCUACACAAGCAUCACUUGCCAUCCCAUACCCUGAAUCCGGCUACUGGUUCCUUACCCUGCAACUCAUCUGCCCAAAGAACCCGGGGGAGUGUGAGAUGGCCAACGCCCAGGUGGCGGUCCUCGCCUACCUCAGUCCCUGCUUCGAUGACUGUGGGACGUAUGGGCAGUGCAGUCUGAUGAGGCGCCAGGGCUACCUGUAUGCCGGAUGCACCUGCAAGGCCGGUUGGAGUGGCUGGAGCUGCACUGAUGGGACCAAAGGCCAGUCCGUUGGCAGCCAGAUGCUGGCCACCCUCUUGCUCACGCUCAGCAACCUAUUCUUCCUGCCUGCCAUUGCUGCUGCCCUGUACCACUACCAUCUGGUGGAGGCGUCUGUUUACACCUUCACCAUGUUCUUCUCCACCUUCUAUCAUGCCUGUGACCAGCCUGGCGUGGUUGUGUUGUGCAUCAUGGAUUAUGACACAGUGCAAUUUUGUGACUUCCUGGGCUCUGUUGUCUCCAUCUGGGUGACUAUUUUGUGCAUGGCUCGAGUCAAGAAGAUCCUGAAAUAUGUCCUGUGUGUGCUGGGGACCCUCUUCAUUGCUCUUUCGCUGCACCUGGACCGCAGAGGGGUCUGGAACAUGAUGGGGCCCUGCCUGGUUGCCCUCAUCAUCAUGACUACAGCUUGGGUUUAUCGUGGUGUGAACCGGCGGCACUGCUACCCUCCAUCGUGGAAGCGCUGGGCGUUCUUCCUUCUCCCCGGGAUCAGCCUAGCCCUCAUGGCUGUCCUGGUGUACGCCUUCAUGGAAACCACAGAGAACUACUACUACACGCACACCAUUUGGCACAUCUUGGUUGCCAGCAGUGUGGUCUUCCUCCUGCCACCAGGGAACAAGCACAAGAAGCCCUGGGCCUGGUCUCGGGAGCUGCUCUCCCGCUACCAGAUUUGCAAGAAUGACCGAGAAGAACUCUAUGCAGUGACAUGACUGGCUGGGUGAGGAUGGUGCUCCCGCCCUCCAGCCGCCUCCCGGGUUGUGGGCCAGAGGACUUCCCACACUUCCCUGCCCCACUCAGUCGGCCAGGAGGAGGCCAGGCCUUGCAGAAGAUGGGUUGCACUGGAUGAAAAACGGGGAGCUGAGUCCACCGUAGAAGGCUUGCUCGUUUUCAUCCUAUCCUGGGGGAGCCAUCCUCACGGAGACGGGUCUGGCACGGAGCCCUGACCUAGAGUGGCGCUGGUGUGGGUGCAGGAGCCUCGGAUGCCAGCGCUGUGCCGGACUGAAGUGGCCAAGAAACGAUGGAUUUUGCAGUCCCGGGAACGUCAGGGAGGGAGGAAUGACGGCUGAUCACACCAGUCUUCCCCGCGGGCUUGCAGGGUGGCAGUUAGUCCUUCAGAGGGUCCUGGGCGAGGCCCUCGGUGGCCCUGCUGGCGAACUUGGGAGCAGGGAGAGC